UAAAGAGAACGAACAGCGGAGGAUGACCAGACAGCGGUUGUUUUCCUCAUUGGGGCUGGGGCCGGGCAUGUUCCAGGAGAAGUUGGAAUUGAAAAACUUGGAGUACAAACACAUACUGGGAGCAGCCGCGACGGGAACAAGCAGCAAUAGUGCGAAAAAACCGCAUGACAAGUCGUCUUCUUCACCGACAAACACCAACACACAUCUUACCAAAAGCCACGUGAACAGCAUGAUUCCGCCGACACGGGUGAAAUCUUUUUGGUUAGACGUCGACCGAGAUAACUCGGGCGAGAUUGAAUUCGAGGAAUUCUUGAUCUGGUUUUACCACACUUUUGAACUCCCAACCAGGUCGGAAGAAGACCUCCGGUUCGAACGCAUGAAUGAAACCGCGAAGCAGUUGUCACCGGGGAACCGGGGGUUGUCGAAAAAGGAGGUGAAUCGGUUACGGGAGAAACGGGAAGAGGAUUUAGUGGUGCGGAAAUUGUUGUUCGGACCUGGGUUUGACGGCGGUGGUGGAGCAACAGGGGGAAUUAGCUUGGAGGAACAAGAAGGAACACUUCAAACUUCUGAUGCAAAACAUCAACAAGCAGCGAAAAAUACUAAGAUCACGACCCACAACAAGCUCCCGAUCCGAACGUUAGAUGACGAUGAAUCCUUCUACCCGCCACCCUUUGUUUACAAGCCCGAGCUCUGUGAACGGCCGAACUCCGCGGUGCCUGGGGGGAGUAGAGCGAGGCGGAUGCCGCGGACGUCUAUGAAUUCCACAACGAACGACACCGGUGUCCACUUCGUCCCGGAUCACGUGCACGAAAUGCAGAUGAGUUUGCCACCACGGCCGGCUACCGCAGGUGGGGGAUCCAGAGUGCGAAACCGUUCGGGACUCGCGGGGGAGGGUACUAGAAACCAGCAAUUUAAUAUCCCGAUGAACAAGCAGGACCUGUUUUCCACGACCGAGAACCAGCCACCGCGGUCCCUCACUCCCCAGGAACUCUUCUACUCGGUCGCCAUCGGCGGGCGGGGGCGAUCCGGGCUAGUCCGGGAGCAGAUUAUGCGGGGCGGGCAGUUUUAUCAAAUGCAAAAAUGUCUGGGUCUGGAACCUUGCUCGACUUGUCAUGCAGGUUUUCCAUGAUCCAUAUGAUCUGUAAUGGAGGACCUAGCAUGACAGGUUCCGCGAGAUCACUAUCAUGCCUAUCCUGCAUGAGAAACUGCCUCUCAACUUGAUCAAAAGUUGGCAGCAUUUGGUAAUCAUGCAACACAGAUUUUUGCGCGAUUCAGAUUUAGCAUGACAAGUUCCAACUUCCAGACCCAGACAGUUUUGCAGUGCAUAAGUUUAAGAAAAAUUCGGAACUCGAUUCGGAAUUUCAGCAGUGGAAGAUGGAAAACUGCCCCUGGCACAACGAAGAGAAGGAUCGAAAGGCGAAUUUCCUAGUGCAGAAAAACCAACAGAUUGCGAACGCGAAGCGGAAUAGACAUUCGGUCAGCCCAGGGUCGCCGAAGGUUUUGAACGCACUCUCUCUGCGAGGCGGAACUCACGGUGGAGCUAUGGCGGCGACGGCAUUUGUGGCCAGGAGCUGAUCAGGUUCAAAAGCUUAGCGUAAUUGAGGAACAAAGGAUGAAUAUGAAAGGUGGAACUGGCGAGUACUAGUAGUAGCAAGUCAUUCUGUGGCAGCUCGAAUA